UGCAGAAAAGUAAUUAAGAAAAACAUUUUUAAAAUGUUAUGUAAAGAUUCAGUUUAUUUUAGUUUAAUAAUAGCAGUUGCAUGCUAAACCAUCUUGAAUGUUGCCAAACAAAGCAAAAAUCUUUUCAUUAUUUUACUAGUGUAAUUAACCAGCAUAUUAUAGCCAGAAGUACCCAUGAAGAAUGGAGAACUGUGUAUACUUCAAGUAGUUGCAGUGCUAUAAGUUGCAAAUAAGUUCUAUAGCUGUUAGGCAUUCUUUAUUUAAUCAGCUUAAUGCAGCCAUGAAAAAAAUCAAGUCAUAAAUGGAGAUUUCCUGGACUGUUAUUCUUCUAAUCAAGAUAUAUGCUUGGAGUAAUAACUCAUAGGCUGUAUUUGCAUGAUAGUUACUUCUGAUUAAAGAACUGUACAGAGCAAACCAUAGUUAAAGUCUGCAUAACAUAUUAAACACAACUCAUUAGGUUAAUCUGGGAUUCAAUGCAUUUGUAAACCCAGCCUUAAACUGAGGAUGAAGUAGAAAUUGCAUGAAAGGUGAGGUUUUAUGUUGCCAUGAAACAGAUAAAAUUAUGAUCCAGACUUUAAGUCAGGGGUGUCAAACUUGCAAUGUCACGUGAUGUGUAGCGACGUAUCGUGACUUUUUCCCCAUUGUCAGCAAUGGGGUGGGCACGGUUUCAGCAUGACGCAUCCGACCUGUGUGCCAGCAGUUUGACACCCCUGCUUUAAGUGAUGCUUGUUUUUAAUUUUGUCAAUGUAUAAAAUUUUGAUUUUUUUUUCUUUAAAAGAUCUGUAUUUAUAAGAAAUGCUUUAUCCACACAUUAGCCAAGUAUGAUCACUUUAUGAUCCAGUAUGUCACACAAUUUUUAAAUGUUGGGUUGAAUAAACUGUUUAAAUUAUGGGUUAGUAUAUUUUGCUUGUGUAACUUAAGCAUUCCUAUUUCAAGCAUGUUUUAUAAAUGAAAUAUCAUAGGUGGAUACUUCUGGAUGGUAGAAAUAACUUUUGUGCACAUAAAAUGUUUUGCUUAUGUUUAGCUGGCAUGAAGUUUGCCUAUGUUUAUGGUUUAGUUUAUGGCAGUGGCUGUGCUUUUACAAUGUGCUUAUCCUUUAUUAAUUUACUCACGAUAAACUUGAUAAUCUGAAUUUAGACAACACAAACUAAACUAUCACAUUGGCUGGAUUUACACAGUGUGCUGCAUUAUAAUUUGGCCAAUCAGAACUAGUGGUUAAGAUACCAGACUAUAAACUGGUAGACUGAAUUCUUAGUCCUGCUUUAAGUAUUGAAAACCAGCUGGGAGACCUUAGACCAAUCAAAUUUAACCUAACUUGUUGCAUGUAUCCAGAGAAAUUGCAUUAAGUAAAUAUUGUUAAAUUAACCUUGGCUUAUGUUGUGCAAGGAAAGCUACUGUUUUGCUGUCCAUUCACUGUUUAAUGGUGUAUGGUUUUUCCUCUGCAAAAUUAUGCAGGUCAGCCAUAGCCAUUAGCUGAAAUAUAAUCAUUUGUUUUUGCUACAUGUACCAGUUUCAGUGUGACAUCUGGAUCACUUGCUCUAAUCUAGAUAAAGCCCAGACUGGUUAGUUAGUGCAAAAUCAGCCCGAUCCCAAUUACUGCAGCGGCAGGCUCCCUUUGAAGUUAGCAAAGGACCGGUGAUUCGAAGAAAGCUGAUUGGCUCCCGGCAACAGGUGCAGAGCGCUGAUUGUUUGGGAGCCACUACCUGCCAGAGGGGUGAGGAAUGCAAGCCGAGAGUGUCGCAGUCUAAUAGAGGCUGGGAGGGAUGUGACGCUCUGCCAACGCAGGUCUUCGUCGAACAUAGGAGAUUUCCCUUCCUCUUCCACCUCCGUUCCGUGGAGAAUGGAACAAACCCGGAACUCUGGCCUGAGAACUAUUCAGGCGGCGAAAGCGUUGCUCACCUCUUCAUAGUAGCAGCUGCGCGUGUCCCUGUUGCGCCUGAAGCGCGGAGAAGAAGCCCAAUGGAGCUCACGGAGGUCGACUUGGGCGACAACAGGGAGGCCGCUGAAGUAGAAACAGGCAGAUGUGUUCGGAGCAGAGUAAGCAGCAAUGCAGACAGCUUGGUGGAGGACGAAGAGGCGGAGCUCGGCCGGAGUAGAAGGGCCAGCCGCGCCUCCUCUCUGGUGAGUGACCUGCUAACCGAGCUCUACAGCGUGGCGCGCCUCCGCCACCGCGACAGCGUAGACAGGUCCACGGAGGCGUCCGCCGGCUCCGACGCUUUCCCCGGGGGGAGAGGCAGCAGCGCUGAAUCCCGCGUCCUGCAGGAGCUGCAGCGGAACUCUGGUCAGCGGCACCAGAGGAAGUACCUGGCUCAGAAAGAUAUUAGUGAAUUGACAACAGUAAUAUGGGAGUUGAAUUACAGAAUUUGUGUUCAGUCAGCAAAACUGCUUCGCCUUCUGAAACAAAAGGACAGACUUCUACAUAAAGUCCAAAGGAACUGUGAUAUUGUAACAGCCUGUUUACAGGCCAUUUCCCCCAAACGACGAGUGGACACAAAGUUGAAGUUUACACUUGAGCCAUCAUUAGGUCAGAAUGGUUUUCAGCAGUGGCAUGAUGCUCUCAAAGCAGUGGCUAGGCUGUCAACAGGAAUUCCAAAGGAGUGGAGAAGAAAGGUUUGGCUCACCUUGGCAGAUCACUAUUUAAAGAGUAUAGCAAUUGACUGGGAUAAAACUAUGCGUUUCACUUUCAAUGACCAAAGUAAUCCUGAUGAUGAUUCCAUGGGAAUACAGAUUGUGAAGGAUCUUCAUCGAACUGGGUGCAGUUCUUAUUGUGGCCAAGAGGCAGAACAAGACAGAGUGGUAUUGAAAAGAGUGUUGUUGGCUUAUGCCAGGUGGAAUAAAUCUGUAGGAUAUUGUCAAGGUUUUAACAUCCUUGCUGCUCUCAUCCUGGAAGUAGUAGAAGGCAAUGAGGGAGAUGCGUUAAAAAUAAUGAUUUACUUAAUCGAUAAAGUACUGCCUGAUAGCUAUUUUGUCAAUAAUCUGAAAGCACUGUCUGUUGACAUGGCAGUGUUCCGAGAUCUUCUGAGAAUGAAACUUCCCAAGUUGUCCCAGCAUUUGGAUACUCUCCAAAGAGCUGCCAACAAGGAAAGUGGAGGUGGGUAUGAACCCCCACUUACAAAUGUCUUCACUAUGCAGUGGUUCCUGACCCUGUUUGCUACAUGCCUUCCUAACCAUACAGUUUUAAAAAUUUGGGAUUCUGUAUUCUUUGAGGGGUCAGAAAUUAUACUGAGAGUAGCACUGGCUAUUUGGGCAAAACUGGAAGAGCAGAUCAAUUCUUGUGAAACUGCAGAUGACUUCUAUGGCACCAUGGGAAAAUUAACGCAGGAGAUGCUGGAAGAUAAACUUGUUGAUAGCAAUGAACUCAUGCAGAUGGUUUAUUCUAUGGCCCAGUUCCCCUUCCCUCAGCUAUCUGAAUUAAGAGAGAAAUAUACAUAUAACAUUACACCAUUUCCUGCUACGGUAAAAUCAACUGCAAGCCGACUUGGAAAAAUAAAAGACAGUGAUGAAGAGAAUGAAAUAGGUGAUGAAGACUCUAUAGCAAAUGUUAUUGGAUGUCUUGGAUCAUUUAGUGGAUUUUUGGCUCCAGAACUACAGAACUAUCAAAAGCAUUUCAAAGACUAUAAUCAAGAGGAGAGUUCAGGCUUGAGUAACAUUGCAGAAUUAAGUCCUGGUGCAAUAAAUGCUUGCCGAAAUGAAUAUCAUGCAGCUUUUAACAGUAUGAUGAUGGAACGUAUGACCACUGACAUCAAUGCAUUGAAAAGACAGUAUUCUCGUAUAAAAAGGAAGCAGCAACAGCAGGUUCAUCAUGUGUACAUCACAGCAGGGUAUGAAGAUGAUGACCUUGGGAUAGUUUUAGAUCCCAGGGACCAGCUGAAUAAUGAUAAAGGUCCAGUUACCAAUCUUAUGCCUUCUCAGGUAAAUCAUUCUUCAGUAAUCAACCAUCUUCUGCUGGGGAAGAAGAUCAAACAAACCAGCAAGUCUGCCAAAAACAAUGUUCCAAGCCACACUGGGGGAAAGAUGUUACCAGGUCCGCAUGAAGAUAUUAAAGCAAAACUAAAUUCUCCAUGGCACACUCACAUGAGGAUACACCGAAAGAACAUAGAGCGAGCCAAAGGCCAUCUGGGCUACGGAGAUACAAUAGGACUAAUAGAGAAGCACAGUGAACGUGGGAAAGCCAGUAGUAUUAAUACAAAAGAAGAAACUGCAAAUAAAUCUAAAACUGUGGAAGGUGAUGGGAACCUUUCAACAGAUGGACAAUCUCCUAAACCAACUUAUAAAAAUAUCAAUUCCAAUGCCAACGUAUCAGUGGUCCAGCAGAAGUUGGAAACCUUGGAACUUACACAGAAUAGUAGAGAUGGUACUGAAGACAAAACACACGGUUAUGAAUUGCCAAGUUUAGCCAAUGACAGUGGAAUAGUGACAAAAUCCUGCAUGCCUAGGCCACAAGUCUUUUGUCCUUUCCCUAGUGUCAAGCCACUCAGAAAAUCAGCUGCAGCCAGAAAUCUAGGAUUAUAUGGCCCAAAUGAAAGAACCCCAACUGUACACUUUCCACAAAUGAGUAGGAGCUUUAAUAAGCCUACAAGUGGUAACAGUGGGUCUUAAAAAACGAUGAUAUGUAAAACAACUGGCACUUUAUUAUAAUUGUUACAGUUACCAUUAUUGUAGGUUUUAUUAUGCUUUAUACUUCCAAAGGGAUUUCUAAUUAAUUUAAUUCUUUCAUUGGAAAUAAUGAAGAUAAAUAAUAUAUGUAUAUAUUAUACAAAAAUAAUUGGGUUUUUUUUUUAAAUGUAGUGGCAAAUUCUUUUUCACAUUAAAAAUUGUCUUGCAGCUUCAGAAAUGUUUGCCAUUUUAUAGAUAAUAGCCAUAGGAAAGAACUCUAGAAAGUUUAAUUCUAAGCUGUUUGGUCAAGAAUUCUCAAAUACUUGAAGGUCAAUUUUUAACUUUUAUCACAAUCCAAAAAUGUUAUCAAGACUUCCAGUGGCUUACUAACAGACAUCCUUAGCAACUUAGAAGAAAAGUGUUGUUCUUGCUUGUCAUCUGUAUUCUAACACCUAAUAUAUUUAAGCAUUUUCAUUUUCAGUUUUCUACUACUGCUAUUUUUUAUAUAAUUUUAUCAGGCUAAGAGAGAUAUUAACACAUUGUAGUGUAAGUUUUUCCACUUAGCCUCAUAAUUGUCCCAGCGUUACUCAGGAAUUUAAAAGAAUCAAAGAAACUCCUGAGCUGAGGUUUCAGCAAGCAAACAACUUUUAUUUUGAUCAAAAACUAGUUGGGUGACCCCAUCCCUCUUCAUGGCUGGUAGAGGGAUGGAGGCAACAACCAUGAAAGAUGUCUUCCAUCUUUUAUACCUUUUCAGAACAAAAGAUCAGGUCUUUGUACCAGACGUAAGAUAGCACACACACAAAAAAAAUGAUGAUGACUCAUACACGGCAACCCAGUCUCCAUCCGUAACUCCUUUUCCCCUUCCUCUUACUGAGUUCUUUUCAUGUGAGCAGUCUCCUGUAUAUAGAGCAUGAGACAUUAGCUUUUAUGUAAAUAAUUUUCCUACAAAGGCACCUACAAAGCUGCUUGCAAAUAAACAAAGUUAUAUAUAAAAUGAUUACAAAAUAUCACUACUAAUAUCAAGCCUUAAGCAUAAUAAAAUCCCUUCAAUCCUCCCUUUUUAAUAUAAAAGCUGAAUAGGGUUAGGGACUCCUGAAGAGGGAAGCAUAGUCAGAAGGUAAAGGUCUUAAAAUCAUUGCUUUAGCUGGUUUAUCGUUAUAGAUAGGAGUGGCAGCAAAAGUUAGUCCGGAUAUAGUGGAUCUAACAAUUCUUUGAAUAAGCGGAAUAAGGCAUGGUAAACACAACAACCCUCUUAAGGCCAAAACCACAAUGAACAAUAUCCUUUUCCAAUUAUCAAACAUUCCCGAAAACUAACUUCCAACAUCCAGUGCUUCUGUCUAUGUCUGGACAGGGACAUGAGCCAACAUUCGCAUUCUGUCAGUGAUUUCUGUGACAUAUUCCUUAUAUGUAAUGUCGGACUGGGGUCUAAUAAUGCAAUUUAGGGUCACAAUGAUGAAAUAGAGUGCCCAUUUGGUUGGGCGGUCCUUUACUUUCCAAGUCAAAUUAAAAUGAGAAGUGAUGUUCUCUAAUUGAAUCUGUCAAGCUUCACAUUUAAAAAUGAAACAAUACUUUGGGGGCAGAUCAAUAAAAAAAAAUAUUUGAUACUGA